UUGAGAAAGAGGUUUAAAAAAACAAAACCCUUGUUUUCCUUCUUCUCUUGUCUUCCUCAAUUUUCCUCCGCAUUGCAUUCUCUCCACGUUUCUUCGCCACACUUCUUCUUUGUCUCCACCAAAAAUUGCAGAAUAAACCGCCAUGGCAAAAACCCCGACAAAAACAGCUGCGAAAGAAACAGUGAAAUCCUCAGAGAAAACCCCCACAAAACCCCCUAAAGUUGAUGAAGAACACGACGAUUUCCUAAAACUUUCACUCUCAACAGGCCACAAUCCACCAACGCCUACAAACCCCCACCAGCCUCCUCCACCUACAAACUUCUACCAGCCUCCUCUCUUGGUAACAACACCAUCACAACCCUUGUCUCUCUUUGCACAAGCUGUCCCACAAGUGCCACCGCCGCCACUUAUCCAAUAUCAUCUCUCACAUCUCCCACACAACCCUCCUUCCGCCCCCCACCACGAAACCUCCGGCCCAUCCCGCCCUACCCGUGCCAGAAGAUCCCCUGUCCAAACCCUCAAGCAAGGCAAGUCAGAAGACAUUCCAGCUCCAUUCCCUUGGGCCACAACGAAACGUGCCACAGUCCACAACCUCGAUUAUCUCCUCUCCAACGGCAUGAACACGAUCAACGGCCACAUGCAAUGCAAGAAAUGCGACCAAAGCUACGAAAUCCAUUACAAUUUGCGCCAAAAAUUCAUGGAGAUUGCGGGCUACGUAUCGAAAAACAAAUGCAACAUGCAUGACAGGGCACCAGCUGAUUGGAUGAAUCCCACCUUGCCCAAUUGCAAGUUUUGUGAUCAGAACAACUGUAUGAAGCCAGUGAUUUCGAAGAAGCGUUCGAUCAAUUGGUUGUUUUUGCUGCUGGGGCAAAUGCUUGGGUGCUGCAAGCUUUCUGAGUUGAAGUAUUUCUGUAAGCACACGAAGAAUCACAGGACCGGCGCUAAAGAUCGAGUCUUGUAUCUCACUUAUUUGGGACUUUGCAAACAGCUGGAUCCCAAUGGACCCUUUGAGAUUUAAGA